CACACCAUCUCGUGAAGUUCGCUAGGAAACCGUGGAGACUCGUUUGCAUUCGAUCUGGGAGAGGACUGUGGAUAUGGAUGGGGGUGGAUUUCAGAGAGAUACUGAAGUAAAAGAAAGGAGCCAGGAACUUGAGGCGCUGGAAACGAAGAUGGGUGUUUCGGUUUGGAUCUUCGUCCCAAAGUUGGAGUUUGAUGGAUUCACUGGUACGAGCAAAGAACUCCAGUGAUAGAUCCAGCGAGUUGGUAGCGAUCCAGCGAGCUUUGACAGGGUUCUUGGCAGGGAAUGGAGGUCGUGACGAAGAUCGAAUUCGCGGCGCUGGAGCCAAAGCUUUCGCCGGAGACGCUCCGGGUGUUAGAGCAGCAGCUUGGAUUCUCGCGCGCGACGCCAGUCCAGGUCGCGACGAUCCCCCUGCUGUGCAGCUUCAAGGAUGUGGCCGUGGAUGCCGCUACUGGAUCCGGGAAAACGCUCGCGUUCGUGGUUCCUGUCGUGGAGAUUCUCCGCCGCCUCGCGACGCCGUUGAGGAGGAAUGAGGUGGGAGCGAUGAUAAUCUCUCCAACGAGGGAAUUGGCUUCUCAGAUUUUCGGUGUCGCUCAAAAGUUUGUGAAAACGUUGGAAAAUCUCACGGCAUUGCUGCUCGUGGGUGGAACCGAUGUCACAGCUGAUCUGGAGAGAGUGAAAGAGCAAGGCGGGAAUGUGCUCAUUGGAACACCGGGACGACUUCAUGAUAUCAUGGAGCGAUCGACAGCUUUGGAGUUUCGGCAUCUCGAGAUUUUGAUCCUCGAUGAGGCUGACAGGCUUCUUGACAUGGGCUUUCAGCGGCAAGUAUCAGCCAUCAUAGAACUCUUGCCAAAGCAACGACGAACGGGACUUUUCUCGGCAACACAGACGCAGGCAGUGGAGGAGCUUUCAAAGGCCGGGUUGAGAAAUCCUGUAAGAGUGGAGGUUCGCAGUGAAGUGAAAGGAGCGUCGACUACCUUUAAGACGCCUGCCGGUUUGAAUAUUGAGUACCUGGAAUGUGAAGGUGAGGAGAAAUCUUCGCAGCUUGUCAACUUCUUGCGAGAGAAUGCCUCCAGGAAAACUAUUGUAUAUUUCAUGACCUGUGCUUCUGUCGAUUACUGGGGCACUGUCCUUCCUCGGCUCAAGACUCUCAAGGAUGUACCGAUAGUUGUACUGCAUGGGAAAAUGAAACAAAGUGUCAGAGUAAAGGCUCUAGAAAAAUUCACCGCUAUGCCUGCGGGAGUGCUGUUUUGUACAGAUGUGGCUGCUCGUGGACUGGACAUACCUGGGGUGGAUUGGAUCGUGCAGUAUGAUCCUCCCCAAGACCCAAACGUUUUCGUUCAUAGGGUCGGCCGAACUGCCAGAAUGGGAAGAGCGGGAGAUGCUUUAGUUUUUCUUCUUCCAAAGGAAGACGCUUACGCAGAGUUCCUUCGUAUAAGAAACGUCCCGAUAGAAAAGAGAGAGAAAACUGAAGUGCCUGAUAUUAUACCCAAGUUACGGGCCGCUGCUAUGAAGGAUAGGGACGUGAUGGAGAAAGGACUCAAGGCAUUUGUGUCCUACUUCCGAGCGUACAAAGAGCACCACUGCACUUUUAUCUUCCAAUGGAAGCAACUGGAACUUGGAAAGGUCGCCAUGAGCUUCGGUCUAUUGCAACUCCCUUCCAUGCCAGAACUAAAGCGUGGUGUGCUCACGUCGCAGCAUUUUACUCCUGUGGAGAACAUUGACGUCGAUUCCAUUCCAUACCGGGAGAAAGCUCGGGAGAAGCAAAGGAGAAAAAACCUCGAGAAGAAACCAGAUACGUCGAGGAGAGAAGAAAGAAAAGCUCUGGCGCCAUCGAAGCACCAAAAGGAUCGUCCCGCGAAGAGAACAAAGAAGCGCUCGCACAGAGAUAGAGAAGAACUGGAAGAGAUUAACAGUGACUACAGGCUCUUGAAAAAAUUGAAGAAGGGAUCCAUCUCCGAGAAAGCAUACUCGAAGCUGAUGAGCUUGGAAGGCGAUGUAUGAGAAAAAAUCGUUGUUCCAAUCAAAGAAAUAUCACAAGGUUGGGUUUGAUCCAA